AUGGCUGUGGUUCUUUCAUCCGAAGACAGUGGCUUCUUCUCUUCAUCGCCUUUGAAGCGGUCCCAUUCCCAGCCCAAGUUCCUGACCUCACAGUCGUCUGGAUUGCACACUUCGGCUUCCACAUCACGAAUCAGCGAUUCAUAUCGCGGCAGCUAUCAACCUUACCACAUCCCAUCCAGUUCGAGUCCUUCUUCCGCUCCAUCAUCACCCAGCACCGUCCACGCCGAGUCCGUCGCCCCAUCCUACUCGUCAACCCCGGCAACCAAUCUUUCCCUGGACGGAAACUGCGAGGAGAACCUCGGCUUGGAUACCGACGACAAUAUCUUCUACUCACCCUACGACAGGAACUCCUAUUUUGCACAAUUGGAAGACUUGGAGCCGCCAACCAGCCCGCGCACGGGUGACUCAUACACAGUUUCUCCAACAGAUCAUGAUACAUCUGCCGUAACCUCUCGGCCCGAGUCGCCUGUGGCCCUUGAGCACGCAGAAGAUGACACGGCCGUGAGGCAUCAUCCAACCCAACAUGUUGACUACUUGUCGCAUGACUGGAAAGAGGAGGAUAUUUGGUCAUCAUGGCGCUACAUCGUAUCCAAGCGGACAGAAUACACCAAUGCCCCUCGUUUAGAAAACGCUUCCUGGCGGACGUGGAUGAAGUCUAAAUAUGGGCUAAAAACGGUUUCACCAGAGACACUGAAUUGGCUCAAGGACUGUGACGUGACAUGGCUAUACGGUCCCCUCCAGACAGGCCCGACGAAGUUGUUGUCCACCGACACCGAGCAGGGCAGUUCGACUUUGUCUCGCACAGACUCGUUCGUUCAGAAGAAGCCAAUCCUAAAGAAGCGCAGCAUGUCUGAGGUCAUGCUUCAGAGAUCUAUUUCAUCUUCUUCCCUUCUCAAACAAGCCGCUGCUGCGGUUCAAGCACAGCAGAGCGACCCCAACGCUAGGACAGCCAGGCCCAUCCUUCAACGGGCCACUACAGACUUUGUUACGUUCCCCUUUGCAUCCCGAAGGUUAAGUCGCCAGAAUACCAGCCUUGCACCAUCGAAUGCUUCGUCUGGCGUCGAAUCCCCGACGGCUGAGCGAAAACACAUUCACUUUGAUGAACAGGUGAAGCAGUGCAUCGCAGUCGAGGUCAAAGGGGAGGACGAGGACGAAGAAGAGGCGGAGGAUGAUUACUGGAACCAGGACUACGACAGUGACUCGGACGAUGGUGGUGUUAUGAUGAAGAGCACCAAGUCGAAGAAGAUGCCUUUUAGGCCGAAACCCAAGACCAACCUCAGCACCGAAAGCAAGACCAUUGCGAUGCUACCAUCAACGACAUUAAAGUAUCGGGAAGAUACUCCUGAUUUACCUGACACCGCCAUGAAGCACAGUACAGGUCCACUCCGCAGUCCUCUGCUAUCGCCUUCGUACUCUCAAGAGACUUUACGUCCUUCAAAACAGUCUGGCAACUUCUUCGCUGGAGAUAGUGAUGACGAGGAGAUUGACGAGGAGAUGAAUGCUACCCCAGUGUCUAGCCCCACCGACGCUCUGUCACAGUCGCGGCAGUCGAGUCUACAACGGUCGCCCUCCUCUAACGGUCUGGCUGCUGAGCCAGCAGGCAUGCGGCGCACCGAGUCGGGCAUGUUCAUGCCCUACGAGGAAGGUGAUGGCCAGGGCAACGACGGACUCAUCGGCCGCGUUAUUGAUACUGUCAACACGGCCAGGGACAUCGCUCAUGUGAUCUGGAAUGUGGGGUGGCGAAGGUGA